AUGCAUUUCAGUCUGUUUAAGAAGAAGACAGAGCCUCCCGAAACUCACACGAUGCAGCCUAGCACAGAGCCACCAAUUGUCUCUCAGGAGAACUCAACUGCUGUUGCUGGGUCUGGCGACAAGAGUGCAGAUACUUUUAGAAAGAUCGAACAGGAGCUUAUGAACCAGUUCAAAAAGAUUCCAUUGCCACCUUGGGCGAUCAUAGCCAUAGCAGUGGUAGCAGGCUUGCUGAUCAUCACGUGCUGCUUCUGUAUAUGUAAGAAAUGUUGCUGCAAAAAGAAGAAAGGAAAGAAAGAGAAGGGAAAGGGAAUGAAAAAUGCUCUCAACAUGAAGGACAUGAAAGGAUCUGGAGGGCAGGAUGACGAUGAUGAUGCAGAAACUGGCCUAACAGAGGGAGAAGACAAAGAGGAGGAGGAAAAGGAAGAAGAGAAGCUUGGAAAGCUCCAGUUCUCCCUGGAUUAUGACUUUCAAAAUAAUCAGAUGCAAGUUGGUGUCAUACAAGCUACAGAAUUACCUGCACUGGACAUGGGAGGAACAUCAGAUCCCUAUGUGAAAAUUUUCUUUUUACCAGACAAGAAAAAGAAGCAUGAGACUAAAGUUCAUCGGAAAACGUUGAAUCCCAUCUUCAAUGAGACAUUUACUUUUAAGAUUCCAUAUCAGGAGCUUGGUGGAAAAACCCUGGUUAUGGCCAUAUAUGACUUUGAUCGCUUCUCUAAACAUGACAUCAUUGGAGAGGUGAAAGUCCCCAUGAAUACAGUAGACCUUGGUCAACCAAUUGAAGAAUGGAGAGACCUACAGAGUGCAGAAAAGGAAGAGCCUGAGAAACUGGGUGAUAUCUGCAUUUCCUUACGAUAUGUUCCAACAGCUGGGAAACUGACAGUCUGCAUCUUGGAAGCCAAGAAUCUCAAGAAGAUGGAUGUGGGUGGUUUGUCAGAUCCUUAUGUAAAAAUCCAUUUGAUGCAGAAUGGAAAACGUCUCAAAAAGAAGAAAACAACAGUGAAGAAAAAGACACUGAAUCCAUAUUUCAAUGAGUCUUUCAGUUUUGAGAUUCCAUUUGAGCAGAUACAGAAAGUACAAGUUGUAAUCACCGUUCUGGACUAUGACAAACUGGGUAAGAAUGAGGCAAUUGGAAAAAUCUUUGUUGGAUGCAGUGCAACAGGAACAGAGCUUCGACAUUGGUCAGAUAUGUUGGCCAAUCCACGUCGCCCUAUUGCUCAGUGGCAUCCACUCAAACCAGAAGAAGAAGUGGACCUUGCUCUUGGAUCAAAGAAGUAA